AGACAAGAGGAUGCUCCUCUCUCAAACCCGCUGCCAUCUCAGUGGCGGAAAUGUUGGAGUUGGGGUGGGUCGACUUUGAGGUGACAUUGACGCUAUGUAGAUGAGAGUGAGAGCCCUGCGCUCCAUGUUACGUCCCUGCUCGCUUCAACUCAAACGGCGGCAGCUCCUUUCCCCGUCUUCUCUCCCUGCCUCUCUUUCAGCACCACUCCUUUAAGGACAGCACCUCGCUCUCAGACACGCACUUGUCCACCAUCCUCUCCCUCCUUCAGGAUCAAAUGUCUGCUCCUUGACGACGGAUGCAAAGUUUCCACCUUGGUUUCGACGAGCACAAGUAAAAGGAAGUUAACUUUUUUUGGGGGGAACAUUGGAUAUUUCCCCGGUGGGAAACAACCGCCCAAACAAGCCGUAAUUUCACUGGUCUCUGCUUCGCCGCCGUACCUCAUCACUCUCAGACCCUCAAUCAUCCCUUUUCCCACGGCUUUUCUCUGGGGACUACUGUAGUGCAGGACGGAUACGCCGCGCUCUGUCUGGACUGGUGCUGAAACCACCACGUCUACACUGGUCAGGACCUUCCAACACAGACCGUCAUUAUGGCCACAAACGGGACCAAAGCCUCGGACGGACACGUCUUAACCGAGACCGUGAACGACGCGCCCAGCACCACGCCAAAUGACAAACCCAAAACACUGGUGGUGAAGGUGCAGAAGACGAAAAAGGACAUACCAGAGAGAGAAACGUGGGGUGGGAAAUUUGACUUUCUCCUCUCUUGUGUCGGAUACGCAAUCGGACUGGGAAAUGUGUGGAGAUUUCCUUACUUGUGUGGGAAAAACGGCGGAGGGGCCUUCUUGAUUCCCUACUUUUUGACGCUGGUAUUUGCUGGCAUGCCCCUGUUCUUUCUGGAGACGGCUCUCGGUCAAUACACUUCUAUUGGAGGUCUGGGAGUGUGGAAGCUGGCCCCGAUGUUCAAAGGUGUGGGUCUGGCUGCUGCUGUUCUGUCUUUUUGGCUCAAUAUCUAUUACAUUGUGAUCAUUGCUUGGGCUAUUUACUAUCUGUACAACUCCUUCACCGCUGACCUGCCAUGGAAGACAUGUGGCAAUGCUUGGAACACAGAUCGCUGCUACACCAACUACACCAUCGCGGACACGACAAACCUCACCAGUGCUGUGGUGGAGUUCUGGGAACGUAACAUGCACCAGCUGACGGACGGUUUGGAAAAGCCUGGGGAGGUCAGGAUUCCACUGGCCAUCACGCUCGCCAUCGCAUGGGUGCUCGUCUAUUUCUGUAUCUGGAAGGGGGUCAGCUGGACAGGGAAAGUUGUCUACUUCUCGGCAACAUACCCUUACUUUAUGCUGUUCAUCCUGUUUUGCCGUGGCGUCACUCUGCCUGGAGCUAUUGACGGGAUUCUCUUCUACAUCACACCAGACUUCCAGAAACUCAAAGAGUCUGAGGUUUGGCUCGAUGCUGCCACGCAGAUCUUCUUUUCCUACGGUCUGGGAUUAGGUUCUCUGAUUGCUCUUGGCAGCUACAAUCCCUUCAAUAAUAACGUCUACAGAGAUUCUAUCAUUGUCUGCUGCAUCAACUCCUUCACCAGUAUGUUCGCCGGCUUUGUCAUCUUUUCCAUUGUGGGAUUCAUGGCUAAUGUAACAAAGAGGCCAAUUGCUGAUGUGGCAGCCUCAGGACCUGGCCUGGCAUUUUUGGCUUAUCCCGAAGCUGUCACCCAGCUGCCUGUCUCUCCUCUCUGGGCCAUAUUGUUUUUUUCCAUGCUGCUGAUGCUGGGAAUCGACAGCCAGUUCUGCACUGUGGAAGGUUUCAUCACUGCACUGGUUGAUGAGUUUCCUCACAUCCUCCGAAAGCGUAGAGAAAUCUUCAUCGCUGUCGUCUGCCUUGUUUCCUAUAUUAUUGGCCUGUCCAACAUCACACAGGGUGGACUGUAUGUGUUUAAGCUCUUUGACUACUACUCAGCGAGUGGAAUGUCCCUGCUUUUCCUGGUCUUCUUUGAGUGCAUCUCAAUUUCAUGGUUCUAUGGUGUGAAUAAAUUCUUUGACAACAUUGAGGAAAUGAUUGGCUACAGGCCCUGUCUGUGGUGGAAGGCCUGCUGGGUUGUUUUCACUCCUCUCAUUGUGGCUGGAGUGUUCUUGUUCAGUGCAGUGCAGAUGGUUCCCCUUACUAUGGGAGAUUAUGUGUUCCCUAGCUGGGGUCAGGGAGUUGGUUGGUUAAUGGCCCUAUCCUCCAUGAUUCUCAUCCCAGGCUACAUGGGCUACAUGUUCCUGACGCUCAAAGGCACCUACAAAGAGCGCCUGCGCAUGAUGAUCAAACCUCUGGUUCUGGUGAAGGCUCAGGAAAAUGGUCCAGAUCAGCAGGCAGAAAGCCAGAAUCAGAACCCUGCCAAUGAGGAAGCCUACAUCUAAAAAGAAAUAACGAAGCUCUGCCUGCCUCUCUGUUUGAAUGGCCAGACCGGCGCUGCACCGUAAUCAAGGUUGGGAACAACCACUAGACUUCUACGUCUGCUUUUAUUCACCUACCUCCUGGGGACAUGUGAAACCAACUUGAUUGCACGGUUAUUUUAAAGGGGGUUGUUCUGUUUCUUUAUUUUUAUAAUACAGAGAUAUAAAACUUAUGAUGAAGAAGAAGAAGAAAAA